CAAAAAGUGAAUACUAAGAAUACCUUAAACUUAUUUUGUAGUUUCAAUGCUCCCCACGAGCGCAUUUAAUUAGAUAAGCGCUCGACGUUGAAGUUUCAAAAGAGUUGGCAAAAAUGUUAACAUCUUACGACUACUUAAUCCUUUUGGCUGUGUUAUUGAUAAGCGUCGCUAUUGGAAUCUAUUUCGGUUGUUUUGGAACUAAGCAAGCGUCUACCAAUGAAUAUCUACAUGGUGGUAAAAAAAUGGGUGUUGUUGCUGUUGGAGUUUCUGUAGCCGUGAGUCACUUUUCAGGAGUGACCAUGAUGGCCGUUCCAGCAGACGUAUACCGAUUCGGAGCCUAUUUCCUCUAUAUCAUCGUGUCCACUGUUUUAGUCGGACUUCUUUCAGUCUAUGUUUACUUACCAGUGUUCUUUAAAUUACAGCUUACCAGUAGUUACGAAUAUCUAGCAAAGAGAUUUGACAACCGCACAAAACAGUUAGCGGUGUAUUUGUACCUCUUUUCAGAAAUUAUAUAUUUUCCUUUGCUAGCAUAUAUUCCAGCGUUAGCAUUUUCAGCCAUGAGUGGACUCAGUGUUAAUUUAACAGCUUUCAUAGUUUGUGCUUUGUGUAUCUUCUAUACCACAAUUGGAGGACUAAAGACGGUGGUUUGGACCGAUUGUUUCCAGUUUAUGGUCAUCAUGAUAUCCGUAAUUAUCAACUGCUAUCUGGGUUUGGAAAAGUCAGGUGGCGUUAUGUCGAUUUGGGAAACUGCUUUAAGUGGCGAAAGAUUUAAUAUUGUCGAUUUUAGUGUCGAUCUAACACGGCAAGAUUCAUUUUGGGCUGUUAGUGUAGGAUACACUGCAACCAUGGUAUCUACAAUUGUGAUACAUCAAACUGGAGUUCAGAAGUACUUAUCUGUUCCUAAAUUUCGUCACUGCAUUUGGUCAGUCAUAUACAGCGCAGUUUGUAAAUGUGUAGUCACCAUUUUGUGCGUUUUAAUUGGUCUAGAAGUGUACGCCAAAUAUGCAGACUGCGAUCCUCUAACCAGUAAAAAAAUAAGAAAACAUGAUCAAUUAUUGCCCUAUUUUCUCACGCAAGUGGCAGGACAUAUACCUGGAGUUUCAGGUCUUUUUGUGGGUUCAGUUUUCAGUGCUGCUUUAAGUUCGAUGUCGUCGCUUUUAAAUUCGAUGGCUGGAAUCAUCUACAACGAUUUAGUAAAAAAACGUUUGAAGAAGGAAUAUUCCGAGUUAAAAGAGAGUAACAUUUUGAAACUGAUUGUUAUCCUCUGUGGGGUUGCAUGUACUUGUUUAGUGUUCGUUAUUGAACAUUUGGGACCACUACUUGCUUUAAAUAUUGCACUCAGGGCUCCUAUUAACGGUCCACUUCUUGGAAUGUUUACACUAGGAAUGCUUUUCCCUAGAACUAAUGCAGAUGGUGCUUUCUAUGGUGGAUUGAUUAGCCUUAUUUCUGUGACAGAGUUAAUGAUGGCAACGAAAUACUAUGAACUUAGAAAGGUGUUAAUUCAUCCAACUAGACCUGUCUCUGUCGAAGGUUGUGCAAAUUUGUUUGAUAACAGUUCUGUGAAUGCUUUACAGUCUCAUCUGUUUAACUCCACAACUACCGCUUCUGCUCACCAACAAGCUCCAUUCUUUCUGAAACUAUCAUUUCAGUAUUAUACAUUUUUAGGAACUAUGCUUGCAGUACUUAUAGGAGUAUUAAUAAGUUGUAUGACAAAAAAGAAACAGAAGUCUACUGAUCCAAAUCUCAUUAGUCCCGUUUGUCGGAAGUUUUUUUUAAAAGAAGAACACAGAAAAUACGACGAACUUCAUGAGAAAGAAAGUAAAAGGCAUCUUAUGAAAGUUAAUCGCGAAGAAAAUACUACAGACAAUACUGUAUAAU